GCAGAGGGCUUCCAUUCUAUCACGCCGUCCGCGCGUGUUCUCAUGAGCUGAUGGAAGUCUCGCCCGGCUCCCCCGGGGGCCCGUCCCCCUCCAAGCGCUGGCGGAAGGCGGUGGCCCGGAUUUGCGCCCAAAAGGCGGUGCUGCACGCCCUUGAGCCGGAGCCCAGCUGGCGGGAGCUGCGCCCCUACGCGGCGCUGCUGGUGAGCGGCUUCCUCUUCUCACCCAUCAGCCAGGCGAUCCUUGUGACGAGCAUCCGAAUUACGUCGAGGGAGAAACUUGCGCUCCCGGGCAGCUUUAGGGGCCGCGGCAAAAGCUGGUGGUGGCCCCCGGUGUGGUGGCGGGGGUUGGGCUCCGUGCUCGCCUGGCGCCAGGGCCCCUCCAGCGCCGUGCGGUAUCUGACAAGCUCAGCUCUUUUCGCGCUCCACGAUGCGGUGACGCGCGGGAGGACGCAUUGGGUGGAGCAGGCCACCGACGUGGGCGCCGCGCGCCCCGCGCAGUCGUUCUGGCGCUGCUUUGCAGUGGAGACCUGCUGCGGCCUCCUGGGUGUGCAACUCUCCCUGGAGUACAUGCGGGUGUCGCUGUGCAACCUGUCGCCAGGGGUUCCGGCGGCCGGGGUGCUGCCCUCAAGGUCGAUGUUAGCCUUGGGCACGUGCGCGGCGGUGGCCCGUUCCGUGGUGGUGUCCACUGGCGGCCGGCAGCCAAAGCUGCAGUCGGUGUGUAGCUGGCUGGAGUUCCUCCUCGAGGUUGCCGCGGAGCGCCAGGGCGCGCUGCUUCUAGGUUUCCACUGCCCCUUCUUUGCCUACCUGGGGGUGGUCCUCUUCGGCAUCCUCAACUUCCUGCCCUGGGGCUUGAUGGUGGUGCCUUGCAAGUGGCUGGUGGAGCGCUACUUUGGCCCCGACCCCAUCGUGGCUCAGAAGGCGGCCCUGUGCCGAGUGUCCCAUGACCUGCGGCAGUCCCAGCGGGGCCAUACGGAGCUGGCAGAGGCACCGCAGCGCGCGGCGGAGUUCUUUGCGAGCAUGGAGAUCUCGUCGCUCUGGUGGCGGGUUCGCGCCGCCCGCGGGACGCAGAGGCUUUUGCGGUCGACGCCCCUGGAUCUCUCCAUCGGGACUCUGUGUCCGCGAGACUCAGCCAUGGCUCAGGAUCAGCUGGAUGAGCUGCUUCUGCAGCUGGCGGCACGCAGAGGGGAGGACAUGAAGGCUCUCUUGCAGGAGGAUGGCAUCGUCAAGGAGCAGAGCGUGCUCCAAGUCUUUGAGGCGGCGACGGCGCCCAUCUCGGUGCGGCGCAGCGAUAUGGUCCGCUCCGCCCUGACGCAGAUUGCGGAGCGCCCCGUGGAAGAUCUGCUGCUAGGGGUCACCUCGCUGCACUUCCCCGGACUCCAGGAGACCGAGCUGAACCAGCUCCUGGGCUUGCGCAUCCACUUUAUGGGCGAGGAUGGGGUCGACAUGGGCGGCGUGCGCAAGGACUUCAUGGAUUGCUUUGCAGAAGCUUUGACGCGGGAGGAGGGGGGCUCUCCGUUGUCCUUGGUGGAGCGCCUCAGCCUCUUAGGCUUGGGCGCAGACAGCACUUGGCGACCUGUUCCCUGCGAUGAGGAUGACAGAGGCUACCUUUGGGCCUUGGGCCGCUUGCUGGCCCUGGCUUUCCUGUACCGCUGUCCCUGCCCCAUCCAGCUCUCGCUGCUGGUUUUCAAGUGCAUCCUAGGCGUGCCGCUGCGUCCUGGGGAUGUGCGGCAGCUGGACCCGGACUUCUGGAACCACCGGGUGAGGCCUGUGCUGCGCCCGGGCGGCGCGAAGGAGCGUCAACAGGACCUCCGCGAAUGGGGCAUGGACCCUCUGGCUUUCGUGUCCGCGGAUGGGACACGAGAGUUGAAGGAAGGGGGCGCGUCGAUAGAGGUGACCGAGGAGAACAAGGAGGAGUACGCGCAGCUUUUGUGCGAAGACUUCCUGAUCGGCCCCAUCCGAACUGAGUUGGGCUGUCUGGUGCUGGGCUUUCAAGAGCUUGUGCCAGAGGACCUGCUGUCGGCCACCAAUUUCGACGCCGAGCAGCUCAGGAUGCUGAUUUGUGGCACGGCGGAGCUGGACGUGGACGAGUGGCAAAGCCACGCGGUGCUGGAAGGGUCGCCCCAGGUGAUUGAGUGGUUCUUCGACUGGUUGCGAAAGCAGUCCCAGGUCUCCCGUUCCAAGAUUCUGGCCUUCGCGACCGGCUCUAGCGUGUUGCCAUGCGGAUGGCAAGGGCUGCGGGACCCCCAAGGGAGAUACCAGCCUUUCCGUGUGCAAGUGGAGGGCAAUCCAGAGGCUUUGCCAUCCGCUCACACCUGCACCAACCUUCUAGUCCUGCCGCCGCUGCUGAGCCGUCGGGACUUGGAGUCCCGGCUUUACAAGGUGCUGCAGGAGUCGGGGCGGGAGAUGCACCUCGCCUGAGGUCCCGGUGCACAUUUGACACACGCUGGCUCUCCGGUCCUGAGCUUCCGAUAUGCUCAGUGCCCAUGUGGACAGUGUCGAGGUUCAAUAAGCAUUGCUGAGGCCAAGUGGUAGAACCACCUACACAAAUAGCCAAUACAUGGCUUCC